CUUCAAGUUGGCAAUAUCCAAUAAAAAAAAAAAAAUCCAACAUGGCCACACACACACAAUUUUUACUAAUCUCUCCCCACUUUGUGACUUGUGUAUAUUUAUUUCUCAUCACUUUGAUGAUGAUAUAUUGUCAUUCGUAAAUUCCCCCUCAACUGAUUUAACAUCAAAAAAUAACAACAAUAACAAUAGUUAAUAAAUACACAUUACACACACAAAAAGUACCGUCAACAAAUAAUACACAUAUUAAAAAAAUGACUCUUACUCUUACUUGGUUAUCAGCAAUACCAAGCAAAUAGUCUCAUCCCCAAUAAAAAAUAUACAUAUUAAAAUUUUAUAAACAAAUAUACAUAAAAUUUACUUCAUUUUUAUCAUUGUCAUUAUUUUUUAAAAAAAUGACUAAACAGUGUUAAAGUAUCUUAUAAAAAAAAACAAUCAACAAAUCUACAAACUAAUCAACAAAAGUGUGUGUAAUUUUUAUAUAUUUUUUUUUAUUAUUUAAAUGUGUACAGUGUAUGUGUGUAACUAUCUCUCUCACGACACAUUGACACGCCCGUGACGAUGACAAUAAAUCAACUGUCUCCUAGAUCCACCUUUUUUUUUUAAUUUUAUUUUUUUAAAUUAUAUUUCUUUAUUAUUCAACUUAAAUAUUAUAUAUUUUUUUUGAUAUUGUGUAUGUGUUUGUGUUUGUGUUAGCGUGUGUCAAGUGGCAGGCUCAAAUUGAGCAACAAAAAUUAAAAAAAAAAUAAAUAAAAACAAGAUAAAUAAUAAUAAUAUAAAGUUAUGUUAAAAAAAUUCUUGUUUUAUCUGAACUCAGUGUGUUCAUGAACUCGUUGUCUUGCUCGACCUGGAAUGGACGGGAUUUGUGCUAAAUAUUAUUCAAUAUUAUUGUGCCAAUAUUUUUUUAUAAUUAAUAAUUUAAACAACUGGAUUAAUUCAUUAUCUCAGUACGAAGAGGUGAUUGUGUGAUAUAUUUAUUUAAUAUAUAAAUUAAAUAAUAUUAUAGAGGAAUGGCUAGUUUGUCAGUUACAACGUCAGUUAAAGCAGCCAGUAGUUCUCGUGGUACAUCACCAAGCAGAGGUAACACACAUCAACGACAAUCAUCAGCAAAUUUAGAACACGUGCCAAAACUAUGUAAUCCAACAGUACAAACGGAAGGUAGUACUGGAAGUGGAAGUAGCAGUGGUGGUGGUGGUGCUGUUGGAAUGAGAAAUACUCGUCAACAAUCACCAGGUGCUACAACACGUUCGGCUGAUAACACCAUGGAUGAUUCUUGUAUAAACCAAUCAACUAUUGACACUGAGGAAUUAAUUCCUAAUAUUCAUCUUCCCACUGAUGAUGAAUGGGAUACAUCGGGUCAAUUGUUUAUGUCGAAUGGAUCAUCAGAAUUAAUAAGUGAUGAUGUUGAUGCAACUGGUACACGUGUACGUCAAGCUAUCGAAAAUGUACAAAAAAAAAUAACUAAAACACGGGAUUCCAUUAGAACUGAACAAACUACACGUGAUGAAAAUGUUAAUGAAUAUCUUAAAGUAGCAGCAGGUGCUGAUAAACAACAAUUGGCACGUAUUAAAACAGUUUUUGAAAAAAAAAAUCAAAAAUCAGCUCAUAAUAUUGCACAAUUACAAAAAAAACUUGACACUUAUACUAAAAAAUUAAGAAAUUGGGAAAUGAAUGGUGCACCAGCGAGUCAUCGACAACCGCGAGAAGUACUCAGAGACAUGGGACAAGGUCUUAAAAACGUGGGUGGAAAUAUAAGAGAUGGAAUUACUGGAUUUUCUGGAAGUGUCAUGUCGAAACCAAGAGAAUUUGCACAUCUUAUUAAAAAUAAAUUUGGCAGUGCUGACAAUAUCAAUUCAUUAUCACUUGAUGGUAAUGGUUCAACUUUUUAUGUAAAUGAACAACAACGUACAGGUAACGGUGAUAAUACAAGUGUCGAUGAUGAAAAACAACAUCAUGGAUCAGCAACUUUACCUGGUGGAUGUAGUCUAGGAUCUGGUCAUAGUGGUGUACCAGUUAAAUUUCCAUCUGAAGAAGGAUCCGAGUGUUCAAGUGUUACUAGUGAAAGUGGUCCUGGUAGUAGAGGACAAACACAUACAUGUCCAACAAAUAAUUCAGCAUUUAGUCUUAAAUCAAUAUUUGCUGAAUUGCAAGAACAUCGUGAGACAUUUGAUCGUAUGAGAGAAAAACUUGAUAAUGUCAAGACAUUACAACAAGAAGUUACAUAUUUAUCAAAUUCAUUACAAGAAGAAAGAUUUCGUUGUGAAAGAUUAGAAGAACAAAUUAAUGAUUUAACUGAAUUACAUCAAAAUGAAGUUGAAAAUUUAAAACAAACAAUAACAGAUAUGGAAGAAAAAGUACAGUAUCAAAGUGAAGAUCGUUUACGUGAUAUACAUGAAAUGUUAGAAAGUUGUCAAACUAAAAUAUGGAAAAUGGAACAUCAACAGCAACAACAUCAACAAUAUGUUACACUUGAAGGUCUUGAUAAUAGUAAUGCUAGAGCAUUAGUUGUUAAAUUAAUAAAUGUGGUGCUAACUGUACUUCAAGUUAUAUUGUUACUUGUUGCAACUGGUGCUGGUAUUAUGAUGCCAUUUCUAAGAACAAGCUGUAAUAAGCCUCAUUGUUUCAUGUGCAGGGUGCGCAUUUUGACAACAACAUUUGUCGUUCUUGGUAUUGUAUUCGUUCUCAAACAAUGGCCAGAGGUUCAUGACGUUGGAAGUCAUCUAAUGCGACAUAUAAAACAAACUCUUGCUGUCAAGUAGCAUUGGUGGAAUUAAUAAAUAUUUCUAAAGACUCAAUUUUUUAUUUAAACAAUUUUCUAUCGUCUCUAAAGUAACUGAGCAAUAAAAUUAGAUAGUUAAUUUAGCAAUUAAUUGUGCAUGAUUAUUGCUAACUUGAAUGACAAAAUAUUGAACAAUAAAAUUUAAAAAAUAAAGACAAAAAAAUAAUACUUGAAGAAUAACUUUUAUAACUGAUAAAAACAAUAGAAAAAAAAAAAACAAAAAACGUUUGAGUAAUGAUUUAUAAUUCUCUAUUGAGUUUAAAAUUUAUUUAUGUGUAAUUUAGUGUAGAAAUUGAUGAUGAUAAUAAGGAGAUAGUUGUAAUAAUUGUAUCAUAUGAAUUAGUCGUAAGAAUAUGUGAUAAUUGACAUGGUGGAAAAAGAAAGAAAACGAAAAAAAAAAAAACAUGUUAAAUAUGAAAUUCAUAAACUGAGUAUCCCUUGGAGAUGUGGCUGGCUCGAUCCUCCGUGAGUUUAUAAAUAAUUAAUAAAACUCAGUGUGCGUAAAUAUUGUUUAACUAAAAAAAAUUGUGAUGUCUCGAUUAUGAAAAAAAAAAAAAAACAUUUUUGUGUUUGUUAUGACGAAAUUAAUAAUUUUUAAAUACAUCAUGACAACAUAGUGGAAAUGAGAAUAAGUCUGAGAGUUUGACAACUUCAAUAUUAACAUUAAAUAAUUAAAAUAAUAAUAAAAUUAAAAAUAAUAAAAAUAAUUAAUUAAAAUUAAUAUUUACCUGUGUUUUCGUGUUACGGACGAUCGAGUUUAUUUAUAAUAAAAUUGCUGCUGAAAUUAUUUAUUGAUAAUAAAAUAUUUUGAUAUAUACGUAUAUAUAAAAAAAAAAUUAAUAAAAUGUUAUUAACUAUAUUUUAUUAUUUUUUUUCUUUGUCAAAUUGCUGCAAUUCAAGUUUUUUUUUUUUACAUAAAAUUAAUGCACAAAUUCAGUAUUAUCCAGGAUCGUGUUGAAUAAAUAUUAUUUAAAAUUAUAUAUCAAUUUUUAAAUUUCAUGUUUAUCAUUAGGAUAAGUCAUUUUAUCAAUUUCAAUAUCACAUUUGACGGGGAAAUAUUUUCAAUAUAAAUAAAAGAGAUAUCAAAAUAAUUUAUAAAAAAAAAAUACAGAAUUAUUCUGUACAAUUUUAUCAUCGCUCUCUCUUUCUCUCUCUUUUUCUCUGGUAUAAUAUCGUCAAACUGCUGUGACUAUAAAUAAGUUAUUUCUUUUUUUGUUUGAAUUAACAAAAUUAAUAAAAUAUUUAUAAUUAUUUUCUUGGGGAUCAAAAAAUAAAAAAGACAGAAGAAAAAAAAAUAGAAAAAUUAAUUUACAUUAAUUUAAAUGACUUGAAUAAAUUAUCUGCCAAAAAUCAUUAAAUUAAAUAUCAUCCAUCGAAAUUUAAUAAAGAAAGAAAAAAUAACUUGUGGAAAUUAAAAUUAUAAAUUUCUUAGCGUCCGAUAUUUUAUUUUGAUACUAUUUUUAAGUUUUUCAUUAUUUUAUCAUUAAUUAUCAUUUAAUUAUAAUUCAUAAAUGUGUGUAUGGUUCUAUGUACACAAGUCCAUAGAAAAAAAAAAUGAAAAAACAUUUUUUUUUAAAAUAAUUAAGUAACUAGUUAAAAGUAUUAAAACAAUUAAAAUGUUUUUGUUUUUUCGAAUAGCACUGGUGGCUGCUUGCAUCCACAAUUUGACGACCGGGUCGUGUGUCCCUCUCAAAUAAAUUAGAAAAAAAUUGAAAAUUAAAUUUCUAUUUGAAAUAUAAGAACAGAAAAAAAUUAUUAGUAAUUGCUUGCGAAUGUUAUUUUUUAAAUAGUUGAAUUAGAAAAAAAAAUACGAUUGAUUUUUAGCACAAAGCAAAUUAAUAAAUUAAAAUGUGAAUAGAUAUGUGUAUAUGAUUAUUAAUUUGACAAAUUAAUUUUCAAAUAAAUAAUUAGAUAAAAAUUAAUAUAAUAAUCAAUGAAAAAAAUUCAUUGAUGAUAUGUAAAAGGGUUCCCUAAUAUUUAAUAAAUUAACAUGAAAAUUUGCAUAAAUAAAUUUAUCAAAAAACAAAAUUAAUAAAUAAAAAAAAACACAAUGAUGGAUGUAUUUUGUACUUUGUUAAUGACUGUUUGUAUAUUUUUUUAAUCGGCAAUUGCAAUUUUGUAUAAAAUAAAUUUUAUAA